AUGGUAGAAGAAGGGUAUACAGAUUUUUCGAUCAAAUUAUCGGCUUUCUUUCUGAAGUUCGUCGGUGCGUGGAUUGUGGAAAAUGACAAAGGAGAACGUCGAAGGAAGUUCGGAUGGCGGCUUGCAGUCGGGACAACACUCGCUGGUAUUUUUAUCGGGUCGAGAGACGUGUAUUACACCCGGCAUGAUUUUAGCGCUUUUCUUUUUGCUUGGUGCAACAUCAUAACUAUUGUAAUGGUUUGGAUUAAAUUGUGUGGCAUAAUGAGAUACAAAAUGGAAUUUAUUAACUUGAUUGUGUUCAUGAGAGAACAUUUUUGGAAAAGUUCUUACGAUUACCACGAGAAAGAUAUCUUAAUCACUGUCCGGAAGACUUGUAUUAUGUUUACCAGUGUCGUUACUUUAACUGGCCACGGCGCUAUUGUGGGUUACCUAGUAACACCGCUCAUUGACAAUAUAGGACAAAAUAAAUCCGAGCGGGCACUACCAUUCAAUCUUUGGCUUGAUUUACCCUUAACGAUAUCUCCCUACUAUGAAAUAGCGUUUGUCUCGCAGAUAAUUAUAACGUAUCCUGUUUCUAUCUGCUUCUUCUGUUUCGAUAACAUGCUGUGCAUCAUAAACGUACACGCGUCUGGACAGUUUCGUAUACUUCAAUAUAGGUUAACAAACCUAUAUCGAACAGAUGACGAUAUGAUGGCUCAAAAUGGGAAUACGUCUCUAACGAAUUAUAUGAAUAAAUCUUAUGAAAAAAUGAAGGCUUGCAUUCAACAACACCAGAUGCUCAUCGAUUAUUGUCUCAAGAUUGAGAAUGUGUUUACGGUAACCAUACUUGCUCAAGUGUUAAUCUUCAGUGUGCUAAUAUGCCUCUUCGGAUAUCAAGUACUUAUGAUGAAUUCAAGCCUAGCGAAACGUAGCAUUUUCGUAUUCCUCAUAAUUGGUAGCAUGGUCUUGCUGUUUAUGUUCACAUAUAGUUGUCACAUUUUGAUGGAACAAAGUGACAACAUCGGUACAGCAGCAUAUUCGGCACUUUGGGCACAUACGCCAAUGCAAGGAAAGGGGAAAUCGUUGCGGCACUGCCUGAUGAUGAUCAUUAUACGAUCGCAAAAAGUUUGUUGCUUAACGGCGAAUGGAUUUUUCCCGAUAUCUCUGGAAACUUAUUCUACGGUUAUGAGUACUGCGGUGUCGUACUUCAUGUUACUGAGUCAAAGCUCCAUCCAAUGCAAAGUGAGGUGCAUAGGACGAAUAGGCGCCUGGCACGUAAAUCUUGGGCAAAGUAAGGUAGUCGAGAGAUCAAAAUCAUGUAACGUGAAAUUAGUAAUUUUUUAUACCUAUAACGAUCGAUCUCAAGAUCCUUGUACAAGUUCAAAAUCAUCGAAGCACCGGUACUCGAAAUUCGCGAUGUCUUCGAAACAGAGUAAAGACCUUUCGCUCAUUGCAACGUCGUUUUAUAUGAAAGUGAUCGGGAUUUGGUCAGCAAAAGAUAACGCCGAGAAACGUCGGAGGAACAUCGCCUUUAUUUACACAAUCUGGGUUGUAUCUUUCUCCAUCUGGAUCAUAGGGUCGCAGUUUUACUAUGCUUCGGGAGAAUUCAGUGAACGCAUUUACGCCAUGAACAACCUCGUGACUCUACUUACGGUAUUGUUCAAGAUAUUUAUCUUAUUCACGCACAAACAGAAAUUUCUCGAGUUGAUUUUGUACUCGAAGAAGAAUUUUUGGCAUUCGAAUUACGAUCCCUAUGAGAAAACAAUUGUGGACAAUUGCAAGCAUAUCUGUACUUAUCUCAUUUGUAUCUUCUCUUUCUUUGCGCAAGGCACAGCUAUUAGUUAUGCAGUUGGGCCCAUUAUUGCAAAUAUUGGAAAAAAUGACUCUGACAGGAUACUUCCUUUUACAAUAUAUCUUGACUUGCCAUUGUCCACAACACCGUAUUUCGAGAUGACGUUCGCACUCCAGGUUGCGACUGUAUACCAUAUCGGGGUAGGUUAUCUUUGCCUGGAUAACUUCCUGUGUGUCUUGAAUCUACACAUAGCUAGUCAGUUUCGUAUAUUACAAUACAGGAUGGAAAACCUAAAUACAAUGAAAGGGGAAACGAAGCUGACAGAAGCUCCGUUUGAGAAUCCUUCGUAUCAGGCAGACAAAUAUCUCGAAGUGUUUAAAGUGUACGUUAAACAACAUCAGGAGCUUAUAGAAUACUGCAAUAAAGUCCAAGAAGUAUUCACUGCAGUCGUGCUGGGACAAGUGAUAAUCUUUAGUUUGUUAAUAUGCCUUGAUGGAUAUCUCGUUCUUUUGGCUGAUGCUAGUCUAGGAAGGCGUCUAAUUUUCACAUUUCACAUAACGGGCUGCAUGUGCCAGCUGUUGAUGUUCACCUACAGCUGUGACUGUUUGAUACAGGAAAGUUCACAAAUAGCUGCAGCUGUCUACGCAGCACCGUGGACACAGUUGCCUAUGAACAAAGAUGGAAGUGCGCUACGAAAGGACUUAAUACUUGUCAUGAUGAGAUCUAGAGUUCCUUGUUGCCUAAAUGCUAGUGGAUUCUUUGUUGUGUCCCUCGAAACGUAUACUACGGUUUUAAGUACCGCAGCGUCAUACUUCACACUUUUAAGGCAAUACUAAAAUAGCGAGGUGCAUAUGUGGAAUAAUUAAUAAUGUUUUAUCGUACACUUUUUACUUGAAAUACGGAACGUAUUAAAAAAUUACAGUUGGAUGUAUAACGAUUAUUGUCUGAUACUGAGAUCGUACUUUGAAUAGAGAAUAAUACAUAUGUGAGACCAUGUUGUAGGUUUAUCUUUGGUACGAAAUGUAAAUAUACCUUGACCUACAACAUAUGGAUAACAAGGUAAACAUAUCAUAUUAUUAAUAUGUUAGUUUUAGUAACUAUGCAGUUUGUUAAUAUGGGAUAAAAAGUGUUGUUCUAGUACACUUUGUUAUAUUUAAAGUAGCAGAAUAAUCCCUAGUACUAUGUAACAUUUAAUAACGAUGACUUAUUUGGACUUUCUUAUUUUGUAUUAGUUAAAAAUAGCUAAAAUAAGUAAUAAAUUGCACCAUCCACGUUUUCAAACACCAACUCACGCAGAAGUACGUAACAAAAUUCUGUAUAUUAGAUUUGUACAAAGUAGAAGGAAUAACACUGUUGUGAGAUUCGUUAAAUAUAAACGAUAAGCUGCACCCUAAACGUGCGACGGGAAGAUGAACCAGACUGGAAUCAAGCACUUGCGAGAAAAUAGUAGGAAUUAGAAAACCUCUAUCGGUGACCAGUGAAAACAAUUAAAAAUUGUCCGAAUAAGGUACUGUUUUAACUCAUUUUCAUUGAAAGAAACUCGCAAAUCGAUUAAUUUCACUCUCGGUAGCAUAGAAAGAAAGAUACGACAACUUGUAGUUUUCGCUGUAUAUAUGUAAACACUCGUUAGGUUAAAAUAAAACUCACACCUCGGAUAAAUAAUUUUCAGAUGCAUCUUAUUUUCGUAGGCCUUCUUAACUGUU